CCCGGCGGUGACGGCUCCCGGCGAUGCUGCUGGUGCUGUCGGCGGAGCACCGGGCGCACCUGGGCUGCUUGCCGCGGGCGGGCGGCGCAGCCGUGGGCGAGCUGGGCCGCCUGGCGUUGGAGCAGCUGCGGCGGGGAGCGGCACCGCGGGCCUGCGAGGCCGCCGCCAGAAAGCUGGACAUUGGCGUUGACACCAUUCAGCGUGGAGUAGAGGGACUAACCUAUCUUCUUACUGAGAGCUCCAAGCUUAUGAUUUCUGAGAUUGACUUUCAAGAUUCCAUUCAUGUUCUGGGAUUCUCAGAUGAAUUGAACAAAUCCUUGCUCCAGCUGUACCUUGACAACAGGAAGGAGAUCAGGAGCAUUCUUGGAGAGCUGGCACCAAGGCUGCCCAGCUACCACAAUCUGGAGUGGAGACUGGAUGUGCAGCUUGCAAGCAGAAGUUUGAGACAACAGAUCAAGCCUGCUGUGACCAUGAAGCUAUAUCUUAACCAGAAUGAAGAUCAAACUGCCCAGGUGUUGCAAACUGACCCUGCUACCCUUCUCCACCUGAUCCAGCAACUGGAGCAGGCACUGGGGGAGAUGAAGACGAACCACUGCAGGAGAAUAGUGCGCAACAUGAAAUAGCCUCAAUUCCUGCCUUUGUGAAACAGCUCAAAACAAUGCUCACAAAUACAUUUGGAGGAAAAAUAAACAUCUGGAUCAGAUGAACUGCUUUCCUGUGCCAGGAUCUUGAGCCAGUAAUUACAGGCCAAAUGUCCUCCACUGCCAGCUUGGCAAAUCUGACGGAUACAAGAUAGGUAAUUGGUACUUGCAAAUGAAGGCACUCAGCAUACUAUGCUGAGAAUUCCUUUAGCUCUAAAUUACUAUGGAUCUGCUUGAGCUUUCCUACCUUUGGUAGAACUGUCUCAAUAUUAUUGAAGCUGCAUAUUUACUGUUACAUUUAUAAAGUAAUUUUUUCUCUUUUGCUUCUCUUCUGAAAUAUUUCUUAAACCCUUAUACUGGUGGGAAUGAUGCUUUGCAGGAAGACUUCUCCCAUGUAGACUCAGGUGUGUGUAAAAGCCGAUGUGGGACUGCUGCCCUUUUCCUCCAGAGGACUGGGUCAGUGGGAGCUGAUGUGACGCUGCUGCUCUGCCCUUCUCACCUAUAAUUGAGCUAACACUCCUGUUA